CCGGGGGGAGAAUCGGCGGAGGAGAGUCCUCGGCAACGUGCGUCUCGGCCGCCGGCGCGACUGUCGCCGUGCGUAAACCGCGCGGGUGAGCCCUUUCGCGCACUUGAAGUGCCCUGAUACGAGCCGGGAGAGACGGCGCAACGAGUUAACAACCGUCACCGUGAAACGCCAUUUUGUGAUCGCGUUGUGAUCGAGGGGGGACGUAAACAUCGGACUUUCCAAUUGUAUUCGUCGCGGCGGGAAGGCGACCCCGUCAUCGCGCGAGCGAUUCCCACGCGCUCCGACGACACCGUCGUCGCCUUCCUGGCGAUCGUCGCGACGCGACAUCGCCUGAUAUCGGAGCUGGCGCGGCGACAUUUCGCGCCAAAUCGCGACGUUUCGAGAGACGCACAUCUGGCGCACGAAGAGAGGAAACAGCUGUCGUUUUCGUCGUCGCCGAUUCGUACGCGACAAUAUCGGCGUGUCCACCAGGCCAGUGCAACGAAAUCAUUAAACUGGCUAAAUUUGCCUGCCUUGAGAAAAAUGACAUUAGUGAUUAUUCGCAAAUGAAUAUUCUAUAAACCAAGGCUCGAAGAUAUGCUUUUUGUUAUUGUAAAAAGGCUUGAUGAGUGAACAAAAGUAUAAGGAAUGGUAUUCUAUUGGAUCCAGCUGGAUGUCAGAUAAGCUGAAAAAUGUCUGGUGAUUCAGGAUGGAACGCCGUUAUUCAUCAUCCCUCAGAUUUAGAAUUACAAAAUUGGAAUUGGGAGGAAAACGAUGGGGAGCAAGAGAAAGAGCUCCCUUCAACCGUUGAUAUGGAUGCCAUAAAGGGUGGUGGUAGCUGGGAUCCUACUACUGAACCUAAUGGAACAGAUUCGGUCGAUUCUGAAGAAGACUCUGAUUCUGACGACGAAAGUUCUGGUGGAAGCGAAGGCAGUUGUUCUUAUUCAGAUUCUAAUUCAGAGUCAGACGACGAAAGUAGCGGUGACGAAGAAGAGGAUAGUGGAUCUAAUUCGGACUGUUCUUCCGAACACAGUGAACAAACGUUUUCCAUUCAAGAAACCAAUUUUGAACAAGGAGCAUUGAAAUUAAAAAUCACUAUGAAAGGCCCAAAAAAGGAAGAUUCCGAGAAAAUUAAAUGUGAAAAAAACAAGAAAAACGUUACAAAGAAACUUAAAACCAAUCACGGAAAUAAGUCCUCAGAAUGUAGUAGCGAAGAUUCGGACUCAUCUGCGGGACACGUGGCGUCGCAACAGACGCAGCAGCAACAGUCGCAGCAUCGUACAUCGCUACAAGAAAUUAAUCAAGAAGAUUUGACUGCGAUCGUACCUUCACACGAGCAGGAGGACGCGCCGUUCGACGGAUUUGAAGAUUCUGAGAGCGGUCGAUUAGUGUCAAAAGCGAUUGAACGCAUGUCGCUCGGCGCAGACUCGGAUACUAGUGAGAACGGCGAUCAGAUUCCCGUGCCUGUGUACAGUUCUACUUUGUUGCAGCAGUUUGUCGAAAAGACUGCCAUGCUAUCGGAGCCGCGAAAGAGACGCAGCAAGUGCAGCGGUAAAAAAUUAAACAACGACAAUGAGUAUCCAUGCGUGUCGAAUGUGUCGCCUGAUUCUGGCAUUCAAUCGGUCGACAACAGUCCAUUACAUUUGGCAGUUAGUCCUGUCAGUCCUCCAGCGCCUACCCAAUCACCGAUUCAACCGCCGGUCACUACUAAACCGGUGGUAAAUGUUGACCGCGUAUUGUACCCUCCGAAACGGAAACCUGGUAGGCCAGCGAAAGCAGUAUCCGCUCAACCGCGUGGACCCGGCAGGCCGCGUCUAAGGCCGGAGAUCGUCGAGAAGAUUCAAAAGAUUGAAAAAUCGGAAAAAGACAAAAAUGAGUCUUCGAAAACUGUAAAAAAUUCUGAUUCUCGAUUAACGGAGAAGAAGCAAGCAAUUACGAAAGAAUCGACUUUGAAGAGCGCCAAAGAAGAUGCGUCUUUGGCCAGGAAACGAGGUAACGCAAAACCGAUUGCAUCAAGAGAUGCAAAAGAGGACGUAUCUCCUGCGAGUAAAAGAAUAAAAGGUAAACAACCAACAACGUAUCAGAAGAAACGUUACAGUAAUCCGGUGAAGCUUUCGCAGGAGAGAACGAUGAUCAAGAAGACAGGAACGACGAAUUCCCCGAUGAGAGUAAAGUGCCUAAGCAGAUCUACCGCAAGCAAACUUGUGCCGCAAUGCGAUGGUAGGAGUUGUCGGAAAGUCAGACAAGAUAGAACGUGUGUACCUAACAAGACCACGGUUCCGUUGACGCGACAAAAAACGUGUGAACAUCAAGUUUCCAAAGAUCAAAAGAGUACCGGUAAGAGAACGGGUUCGAAGGAGAACAGGAAUAAUGCAGCGGCUGUUGUAUCUAAGAAGCAGAAUCUAGUGAAGAAAGUCGCACCACCGGUUGGCAGGCGUGUUUUAAAGGAAAACAAAUGUAACAAGAAAACAACCGUGGCGAAUCAUGAGACCAAUGGCGUGGGCGUGCAGACGUUAAUCUCGCUACCAGUCGGCGACAUAUUAAAGGCCGAAAUAAUGAAGCACGUAUCUAACAAGUGCGAUAAAGCAAUGCAGCCGAUGCAGCACAAUCAUUGCCACAAGCGUCAUCAUCACAAGCAUCAUAAGAAACUGUUGACACCACCAGAGAAACCUAUACGUAUUAUCGAUUCGUGCAUCCUUCACGAGUUGGAGAAGCUGAUUGAUGAGUUUGCAAGAUCGUGUAGCUUGGGCAGAAACAACACUACUGCCAAUCAUUCAGAGCUACCGCAAAUUUUUCGCGUAAAGAAAAUCACGAAAAAGAGGAAAGGCGGUGACGUUAACACGAGUGAGGAUCAGAAAUUGAAACGGCGUCUAAAGAAAGAAAAAGUAUUGACGAAUGCUGAUUCCAAGAGCAGCGCAAACACUAGCACAAGUUCCAAUCCGAAUGAGCAGCGGCUGCCGCUGAAGAAACGCCACUAUCACAUAUCGAGUCCGCAUAGCUCGCAGAGUUCGAACGCGAGCUGCACGGAUGCAAAUGUGAAUGAAUCCAAUUCCACAGAGAGCCACAUAGAAGAAGCGAUUGAGGCCACUAUUACGAGAUAUGGCGGUGGCGGCAGCUCAACGUCCUCCAUUCAUGAUGAAGAGGCCAUGCCAGUAACGCCCAAGAAGAGACCGAGGGACGCUGAGAGUACGGUAUCUGAGAAGCAGGGUGAAGACGAAGAUAAAUCCAUUGUCCAGUUGGAAGUUCAACCACGUCGGAAGAAGAAAAUCGUUAAGGAUCUUCGUGUUACUGUUACGAAAUUGCCGUCUGAAAAUCACGGCAUUCUUGACAAGGUAAUGGAAAAGAGUUCCAAAGCUACCACGGAAAAAUCUAGUAAAUUAGAAAAGAUAGUAGUGGCGGAAAAAUCAAUCAAGGCCGAUAAAACACAAUCGGACGACAAGCUAGACCUUGAACAUAUUCGUAUGGAAAAGACUAUAAAGGUCGACUCGGAGACACACGAAUCUGCGAUGUUCGAUGAUGGUGACACUAUCACGGAAAGCAAAGCACAAAUCGGUAAUUCGAGCGUGCCAAAUCUCAUGAAUAAUACCGCAGCAAUGAUUCUCACGAAGAAGAAAAUACGAAGACGAAAAGCCAUUAAUCGCACGGGCUUUCCUACUCUAAAGAAAAAGAAGAAGAAGCUUACUGUUAACUCUUCCGGGAUGACUAAAACGACUGCACCAGUUGGCGCUAACGAGAUACGUAAGGAUCAAAACAUAUCCGAAGAUGUGGAGGACAAUAAGAUGUCUUUAGAAAAAGAAACCCGGGAUGUUUUAAUGGAGAACAAUGAUAAUAGAGAGCACGUCGUAAGAGGUGAUGUGAAAAACGUGGACAAUUCCAGUAUGGUGCAAGAGACAUCCAGUCGAAGUGGUUCGGACGAAGUAAUUGAAUCUUGUCCCGGUCAGCUACGAGUUCGCAAAGAUCUCGUAGAGUCUGAUAGCAGUGUAUUAUCUGAAAAGCUAUAUCCGGGUCUAAUCAAAUACGAAAAGAUACCGGACUGUCGUAUCUAUGACGAGAAUGCAUCGCUGGAAGAAUCCCUCGAGCGUUAUAAUCAAAGCCAACGUAUCGCGGAGCUGAACGAAGAAAACCUAAGGAAAUUGGAACGCGUAAAUGCUCAGGCGGCGGCGAAUGUCAAAAUGGAAUUGUCUGGUUGCUUCAACAAUAAUCACAAAAGAAGAAGAGGCUCGAUCAGUCCUUCCAAUCUCUACGGUAGGAGCGCAAAGAGAUUGAGGAGCGCAGGCUACGAUACGGAAAGCGAGGCACCACCCAGCAGCGACGUAGCCAGCGAGGAUCAAGAGAUUAACAGAAAGCCCGCAGGACUUUCCGUACACAAUCGAAAGAAACAGUCGAAAUGGAAGAAACGAUACUUACAGGCUAGCAAUAUAUUCUCCGAGUACAAGAAGGAUCUUGAGUCUAAAAAACUUGCCAGUGCCGAUGCCAAAAGGAAGAUUAUUAUCUGCCCCACUGGCGAGCAUUAUACCGCUGCCGAGCAAUUGCCAAACAUUAUACCGACCGGGAAACUCUUACGCCAGAAGAAGACACAGUUGCAACUGCAAUACGAUUUAUUGUGGUUGCACGCUCAAUCAAGGCUACCUGGUCGGAAUUUGGUGCCAUCGUGGAAUUACAAAAAAAUUCGGACAAACAUUUAUUACGAUGUUAAGCCGACUACUCUCUAUGAGGCGCAAGCGUGUGAAUGCAAACCGGAGAGCGGUUGCGGAGACGAUUGUAUUAAUCGCAUGGUAUUUAGCGAAUGUUCGCCGCAAUUAUGCCCUUGUGGUGAAAAAUGCGAGAAUCAAAAGAUUCAAAAGCACGAGUGGUCGCCGGGAUUGCAAAGAUUUAUGACAGAGGAUAAGGGAUGGGGUGUAAGGACCCAGCAAGCCAUCAAAUCUGGAGAUUUUAUCCUCGAGUACGUGGGCGAAGUCGUAUCAGAAAGGGAAUUUAAAUCGAGAAUGGCGACCAGGUAUGCCAAUGACACACAUCAUUAUUGCUUGCAUCUGGACGGUGGUCUGGUGAUCGAUGGUCAUCGUAUGGGCGGUGACGGGAGAUUCGUAAAUCAUUCGUGCGAGCCCAAUUGCGAGAUGCAGAAAUGGAGCGUUCUCGGGCUACCGCGUAUGGCACUAUUCGCAUCGCGAAACAUCAAGCCGGGGGAGGAAUUAACGUAUGAUUACAAUUUUGCGCUUUUCAAUCCGUCGGAAGGACAGCAAUGUAGAUGCGGUAGUAGUGCCUGUAGAGGUGUUAUAGGUGGAAAGAGUCAAAGAGUGGCUAGAAGUGUUCCAUCUUUACCAUCAUCUCAAGUAGAGUCUAUUGAAAGAAGAUCAGUUGGCAGACCGCGGAAGAACAUUCGGAAAUCGAAUGCGGUACAAUCGGCCAAUUCCAAGAACAUUUGCAAAUCUCGCAAAGUGGGAGAUCCGACGUUAACGCAUAAUACACCACAAUUGAAACCGAUGUCUUACCAGCAGCGAUGCUUUGCGCGCGAACAUCACUGCUUCCUGCUGAGAAAUCUGGAAAAAGUACGACGGCUUAAAUCGGCGUCGGUACAGCAAAUUCAGGUGCAGAAUGGAAAAACAAAGAUUGGUAAUGCGAAUAUCGCGAAAGAGAAAAGUUCCGGAGAUUCGAAGGCACAAUCUGACGCGUUCUUCUCGCAAUUGACCGCAUUAACGAACACUAACGCGCGAACCGUACGAACUCGUAGGCUUGCGCAGGCGCAGGACGAUCCGGAGGUACAUAAGACUGCAAAACUAGCUAAGGUACUGAAAGAUUUAUACACAAUCGUUGCAACGGCGAAUGACGAAAAUGGUCAGCCAUUGUGUACACCAUUCAUAAAUUUACCCCCUAAGAGAAAAUUGUCCGAUUAUUAUGAAAAGAUAACAGAACCCAUUGAUCUGAGCACAAUAGAUCAGUGUAUUGGCACUGGUCAUUACAAGACUGCGGAGCACUUUGAUCACGAUAUGAUAAGGCUCUUUGACAACAAUGUGAGAUUCUUUGGUAGAACAUCUGAGAUAGGAAUCGCUGCAGCCAGACUCCGGAAACUAUACCUGAGCAGUAAACCCGAUUUCGUGGAUGCUAUAACGGAGGCGAUGGGGUCUCCGCCAUCUCAGAGCUUCCUGCCACCUCGUGGAUCCACGGCCGGAGAAGAAGAUGUGAUUAGAUGCAUUUGCGGAUUACACAGAGAUGAAGGUUUAAUGAUCCAGUGCGAGCGUUGUCUCGUUUGGCAACAUUGCGACUGCGUUAAAGCUGACACGAGCAUCGAGUCUUAUCUAUGCGAGAGAUGCCAACCGCGCGAAGUUGAUCUGGAAAUACCAUUAGAGGGUGAGGAGGAAGAAGAAGGCAAAAAGCACUAUGUGACAUUGUUGCGGGGCGAUUUACAGCUUCGACAGGGCGACACGGUGUAUGUUUUAAGGGACACUCCCGACAAACAUACAUAUAAAACUAUACAAAAGCCCGAUUACGAGCAGAUGGAUAUUUUUAGGAUUGAACGUCUGUGGAAGAAUAACGAGGGCGAGAGGUUUGUUUUUGGACAUCAUUAUCUUAGACCUCAUGAAACGUAUCACGAGCCAACGCGCAAAUUCUACGUGAACGAAGUCGUGUGCGCCCCGUUAUAUGAGGCUGUUCCUUGUGAUCUUGUGGCUGAGCGAUGUUGGGUGUUGGAUCCACAUACUUUCUGUAAAGGACGUCCAGUCGGUUCGACUCCUGAACAUACUUAUGUUUGCGAGUAUCGUGUGGAUCGCGCAGCGCGGCUUUUCACGAAGGUGGCUAGAGCCAGGCAUGCUGUAUGCACGAAACCUUAUGCAUUUGAAACCUUCCCGCAACGUAUAAAGCAUUAUCGUACCUAUCUGCCUCAUAGUCUAGAUGGAAUCAAAAUGUCCAAGGACAAGAAGAAGAAUAACAAUCAAGAAAUAGACGGAAAUCAAAAGUUGGAAUCCGAUAAUAUCAAAAUACAUAGUAAAGAACACAAGUGCGGUAAUAGGACAAGACGAAGAUCGGGCGAGAUCCUGACAGUCGCAUCGCCUAUAACAUCAUACGCUCAGAGGGAAGAACAGAGGAAGAGAUUAAAUAGUAUUCUAUUGAAUCUACUGCAGAGAAUGCCGAACAAGAAAGAUCCAUUAGAUCUGUCAUUCCUUCUAGAGAGGAAUAGGCGAAACCGGAAGAGACCCGGCGGGCUUAAUCCGUGACAGUGGGUAAUAUCACAACGAUAAUAUCGUGUAUUGUAUAUAUAAGUUAUAAUUUAUAGAAUUACACUACAAAUCUCAGUCAGAUUAAUAGGCUAAAUGGUUUCAAUCGCGUUCUGAACUUGAUUCUAUAAAUAUUAUAUAUACCAUGUAUCAUUGUACAUUUACCUCCUCGUUCUUCACACCUCUCUCCUCAACGAGGAGAAUGAGAGGGGAUAAUCUUUCUUCUUCGUACAGCCCGUCCAUUGAUGUAAUUUAUAUCGAUAUCCGUAAUCAGGAAUAAUGUUUAUUUAAACGAGACAAUUAUUAUCGUCAAUCGAUAUUUUUUUUAAUUUUUUUUUCAUGUGUCUCAUUAUAGAUGAUUAGAUUUUAAAAUCUAUUUCUCUUUUUGUAUUUACUCUCAGUUUUUUAAUAGUGAGAACAUACUCUUGAUUUAUAACAGCAUCCGCAAAAAUCAUGUCAUAAGCAAUUUGUAUUGUAGGUAUUUUAAACUAGGUGGAUUAUAAUCAUUUUACUAUAAUUAGAAUAUUCAAUAGAGAGCCGAUAAAAUAAUGAAUUAUUUUGACAGUUGGGCUAUUGCACUAAUCUAAUGAAUUUGAAUAUAUAUAAUAGUAAAUUUCGCGGAUUUGUAUAGAAAAUCAUUUGUACAUUCUUUUCAUAGAGUUAGCAUAGCUAAAUGUGUACAAAUUAGAUGGUGGUCGAAAGAAUAGAUGCUACAUCGAUGUGAAUGCGGGCAGAAUCAUGUGUGGGAAUUGCAAAUAUUUGAGCGUGUGUAUUUACAUAUAUACGGUUUAUAAUGCUUUAUUGCACAUAAGUAAUAUUAUAUUUUUCAUAAUCUCGAUGCAUUAUUUGAAUCAAGCGUGUAAUAUACUUUCUUCACUUUACUGAGAAGAAUUUUUAUUAUAAUGUAUUUAAUUUAUUGAUAUAUAUUGAGAGAAUAAUGGACCGCGCGAUGAAUAAGUCGCACUAAUUCCAAAAUUGUACAUAUAUAUUCAGGACUUUGUAUUUAUUAUUGCAUUACACAGUAUGGUAAAUAUAUAUUAUAUUGUGAUGCGAACACACGUUUGAUAUGAAAAUUAAUUUUUUUCUUUUUUUGAAAUUUAUUUUUUUCUUUUUUGUAGACUAAAUAUAUACAUGUAGACAAUUAUAUAUACGUAUUAUGAAACAACCUUUGGUAGGCUUACAAAAUAAAAUAAGAAAUAGAAAACACUUUUUAUUAUACACAACGGUUACUUGUUACAAUAGCGACUUCGUCGAAAAGUAUACGUGUAACUUUCGUGUAUAAUAAAAUGUGUUUUUUUUUUGCUUUUUAUUUUGCAAACUUACUGGAAGUUUAUUUUCAAAUAAUCUUCGUACGUAUAUUACGCGUAUAUUAUUUUUGUGGAAACAUUUUGUUAUUAUAUCUUUUGUUAUUACGUUUUUAUAUUUAUAUAAGACAAAAAGUGUAUCAAAAAUAUUAUUAAUAUAUUAGUAUAUUUUUUCCCAUGAAUUUAACACAUAUGAGAAAUAUAUGUUAUUUAAACUAAUUUUUUUUGCAGUAAACGCAUUUGUUUAUCUGUAUGUAUUCGCUAUAUUAGUAAUGAGUAAAAUAUUGAAAUAUAUUUAUUAUAUUGUGUAAUUCAAAAAUAAAAGAGGAUUUUUGAAGCUGGCCUUCUGUGUAAGCUGAUAUAAUAAUAAAAAGGACAUACAGUGUGUGUGAAUUGUUCUUGAAAAGAAUUUUUAACAUAUAUCGAGAUCCAACUUUAUGUUGGUUUUAACAACUAAAUCAGGAAUAUGUCAAACAGAAUGCCAUUGCCAUUAUCCAUGACAUACAGGUGCAUCUUGCUCGAUUAUUUUUACACGAUUUUUAUUCCUGAUUAACGAACGAUGAACGUAUUAAUAUCAAAAAGUAUAUUGGCAAUUAUCUAGUAUACAGUUUUUAUUUUCAUGUAUACAAUAAUUACGAUCUUUUACAUAUAGAGUUUAUAUUAUUAUAUACGAAUGUAUUUGUUGCGAUAUUUUUAACAAUUUGGAAUUGUUUUACUAAUUAUACAUUCACUUUUAUAUUUUUAUGUAUGCCCAGAUAGCCAAGUCUGUUGAAAACAGAUUAUGCCAAGUAUUUGUUAUCAACUAUUGUCAGCAAAAAGAUUACAGAUUUGGCAUAGAAGUUAUUAUCUGCUUGAUUUUUGACACUAAUUUGUCGAUCUAAUCGCCAAUAAUAACUUCUCUAUCAAAUUUGUAGUCUUUUUGAUAGCAGAUAUGAUCGAUCUGCUUUUAAUAAACUUGGCUAUCUGAGUUCAAAUACAUAAAUAGUAUUUUUAAAAGUAUCUUUCAUCUACAUGCGUUUGUAGGUAAACAAAUUUUUUGUCAACUUUGUAAUAAUGGCAUUAACAAUUAUUGUGUAACAAUAAUAUUAAUCAAAUCUUUUUUAUUGAGGUCAUAUUCUAUGAUGAAGUCAUAUACCGUGAUGCAUAAAUUUAUGCAUCAUCAUUAUUUUAUCGAACAGUUUAUAUCAUAAUAUAUAAAAAAGUACUAUAAUAUACUCAACUCUUAUGUAAAUAUGCAAGCGAAAAAAAAAUAUAUAUAUUCAAUUAUAAUUUUAUUAAUUUAUGUUAUAUUGACUAGGUUUGAUGAGAAACCGAUUAUGAUACAAAUUGUUAUUUUGUAAUAAAGGAAUUAUUGUAUUUUCGCACUGAAGAAAUCGGUGAGAUCCAAUUAUUAUUUUGUCAUUUCUGGAAAUAUAAUUUCCGUCGUACGUUCAUCUUUAAUCAUUUUAAUCAGGAAAUCGCUACGUUUAUUUCAUUAUUAAACAAUUUUAUUUUUGCAAUAUAAUUAAUCGUUUGAAUUGUCAUAUAUACAUAUAUUAAAGCAAUAAUAUAAUGUGAUGCAUUAGAACGAUAUUUUUCAGAUUAAUCAUUCGUAACAAUGGAUGUUGUACUGAUUUUGCCUCCUCUGAGUUUGCUCAUUAUAUAGUAAUCAUUAUAAUACAUUUGGAUAUAACCAAAAGAAAAAGAAACAAUUGUUGCGACAAGCUAUCAGCUUAUGUGAUGCAUGUACAGACUAUUGUAUUGUAUUCUAAUGAACACAAAUACACGUGAAAAAGUUUCCUUACAUAA